CACUUUCGGGGGCACUUUGCGCAGGUGCGAGAACGAGACGCAGAAGUUUGGCCCUAGGCGUUGCCGUACCGUCUGGGCGGCGAGUGGCGUCCUGGUUUUAUUGGGUGUUCGUCCCGGUGUCAACUGUUCUAACGCCACCGUUGCUAUCGCCAAUAUGAACCCGGAGAGUUUCGCGGCCGGUGAGAGGCUGGUGUCGCCGGCCUACGUGCGGCAGGGCUGUGAGGCCCGCCGCACGCACGAGCACCUCAUCCGGCUGCUUCUGGAGCAGGGCAAAUGUCCAGAGGAUGGUUGGGAUGAAAGUACGCUCGAACUCUUUCUACAUGAACUGGCGAUCAUGGACAGCAACAAUUUCCUGGGCAACUGUGGUGUGGGAGAACGGGAAGGGAGAGUGGCUUCGGCUUUAGUUGCUCGGCGUCAUUAUAGGUUCAUUCAUGGAAUUGGACGAUCGGGUGAUAUUUCUGCUGUGCAACCUAAAGCUGCAGGUUCUAGCCUUUUGAACAAAAUUGCCAAUUCUUUGGUCCUGGACAUCAUAAAGAUGGCUGGUGUCCAUUCAGUGACCAAUUGCUUUGUAGUGCCUAUGGCAACUGGUAUGAGUCUAACUCUGUGUUUCUUGACAUUACGACACAAAAGACCAAAGGCAAAGUAUAUUAUAUGGCCACGAAUAGACCAGAAGUCCUGCUUUAAAUCCAUGAUCACUGCAGGUUUUGAGCCCGUGGUGAUAGAGAACGUUUUAGAAGGCGAUGAGCUGCGCACAGACCUGAAAGCAGUAGAAGCUAAAAUCCAGGAACUUGGGUCUGAUAACAUUCUUUGUGUUCAUUCUACUACAUCCUGUUUUGCUCCAAGGGUACCUGACAGAUUAGAAGAACUGGCUGUGAUUUGUGCUUCUUACGGUGUUCCACAUAUUGUUAACAAUGCUUAUGGAUUGCAGUCUUCAAAGUGUAUGCACCUCAUUCAGCAGGGGGCUCGGGUUGGUAGAAUAGACGCUUUCGUUCAGAGCUUGGACAAAAAUUUUAUGGUUCCAGUAGGUGGCGCUAUAAUUGCUGGCUUUAAUGAUUCCUUCAUUCAGGAAAUCAGCAAGAUGUAUCCAGGAAGAGCUUCAGCUUCACCUUCUUUAGAUGUCCUUAUUACUUUAUUAUCACUUGGAUCAAAUGGCUAUAAGAAGCUAUUAAAAGAAAGAAAGGAAAUGUUUUCAUAUUUGUCUAUCCAACUGAAGAAGCUGGCCGAAGCCUACGAUGAAAGACUGCUGCAUACACCUCACAACCCCAUAUCUUUAGCUAUGACACUUAAGACACUAGAUGAGCACCGUGACAAAGCUGUCACUCAGCUUGGCUCAAUGCUUUUUACCAGACAGGUUUCUGGAGCCAGAGUUGUGCCUCUCGGGGCUGUGCAAACUGUGAGUGGCUACACUUUCCGAGGCUUCAUGUCACAUACAAAUGAUUAUCCUUGUGCCUACCUCAAUGCUGCGUCAGCCAUCGGAAUGAAGACACAGGAUGUGGACUUGUUCAUAAAGAGACUGGACAAGUGUUUCAAGAUAGUAAGAAAAGAACAAAAUAGAGAGAGUGAUGGAUCUGGAGUUGACAAUGACAAAACUGAAGAUGUGGUUAUUGAAGAAAUGGGUUUAAAACUAGAGAAUGUAUCUCUUGACAAGUUUGAGGAUUCUUCUUCAUGACAUGUGAAGGGUUUCUUUUUGAUAAUUUGAAAGAAAUGAUGAGGUGACAGUAUAAGCACACAGUUUAAAGACAAGUCUUGAAAUUUUUGAAUUGAGAAUGUCAUGGAGAAUGUUUGGUCAAGGAAUAGAAUAUGGCCUGAUUUAGCCAUUAAUGAUUGUUACAUUUUUUAUUCUUAGAUAGCCUCAAGCGUUAUGAUCCUUAAUGGAUUAUAAUACACAAUUAGCAUUUUUCUAAUUGUGAAAAUAUUUGUCAGUUAAGCAUUAUGAUUCAGAUAAUUUUUACUAAUAUAAGAGCAGUAAAAUUACCACAAUACUUUUUGAAAUGUGUAGACUGUUUCUUCCUAACUAUUCUCUACCAUUCACAAGUUACUUUUGUUUCUGAUCACACAGAAUUUAGAAAGAUCUCUAAUGCUACUAAUUUCUAGAUGUUUGUGGAUGUAUGCAAGUCACAGUGUGCCUGUAAAAUGGACACUUCCCAGAGAAGCAUAGUCAAGGGAUUACAACAGUGGUGAGAUCCUAUCCAGAGCCCAACUGGAAGAUGGGACAACCCAACCCAUGUCAGGAACAUCAGAUUGAACCUGUAUGUGAAGUCCUUCCCCAAAUAAUGAAACCUGAACACCCCCAGAAGCCAUGGGCAAGCAAACAUCAGUCUGAGGAUUCCUUCACCUCAUCUUCAUUGCACUGUGGAGCAUCUCCAGAUAGCAGUGCAGUUGCUGGAUCAGUGGAGUUAGCCUUGGAGCAACAAGAACUUGCUGGGAGAAAUCAGAUCUUCCAAACUGAACAUGCUUGGCAACAGUUGGGUAGGACUAUAGCAUUGAGUACUGACAGUGUAGCAUCAACAAUGGCACAGAAAAUACCGUCAGUUUUUGGACAUACUGAGGAGCACAAAUCACCAGGCUCAAGAUGCAAAGAAGAAGCUUCUGACAGACCAAUAAGCUUGUUAUCCCUGAGUAACCUGUUAACAAGAUAAGUCUGGCAAGGUCCUACCAGUGCAGGCUUUUCGAAGGUACAGUAGGUGAUAGCUCCUUGAAUCCUAGAAUUAGCAUGAUCAUAGUAGUGCUGAGCACUAGUAAUAGUGGCGAGUGAAAAAUCAGACAACAAAUUCUCUUGGGUAGUGCCACACAAAUCUUCAAUAACUCUCUCUGAAUACGUAGCAUCACCCUUUGUGUGAAUAAUUAUCUACAAACAUGGCAGAGGUCUAGAAUGACCUCAGAGAGAGUGUCCUGAGAGAGAACAAGUACUUUGGAUACGAACACUGCUAUAUAUAGUACAGACAAGUGCCAUUUGGGGCUUGUGAGCAAAGACCUCAUGUUAUGAUGAGCUUGACAAGGAGAGGUUUGGCAAAAUUCUAUGGUUUUCUUUACCUCAGUGAUUGUUGUCCUGAUUGCGCCGAGAGGCGUCAGCGUUCCUGGUAAAGAGUCCAAGUCAGGCGCUUGCACCCCUUGACUAUCAACCCUGGUAAUGUUUAGCCUCCUCAUUAGCCAGGUGGCAUCAGGACUUAUCGUCACAAUCCUUACAAAAAGUAACUUAGAAAUGAGCCCCACCCUGAGUGAUAUGUCUGGCUAAGCUAUAACAGGAGUCAACUUGAGCUUAAAUGCUAGAUGGAAGGUCUCACUGACAUCAAGAAGACUAUAAACGGCCUUAGUGACCCACCUGAGGGUUGGAGAAGAGUUGGUAUGUAAGAGGCAACUCUGAUAUACCUGGCUACAGACAAGAGUUUCCCUCUAUAUUUUUGCCCCAUGUACCAAAAUGACACAAAUAUAAGCAGUCCAGGGAGAGGGGCAAUAUGGCUUAGGGACAACCUCUCCAAGUGUUUAGGCAAUUAACCCGAGUCAAGAAGAGUACCCAGUUCUUUAACUUCUUGAGCAAAUGAUAAGAAGAUUUCAUCUGCCAGCCUAUAGGACACUGCAGUUGCUAGAUCACCUUCCCGUGACGAUGUAUGAGUAGUAGUCUCAGUUGGCAGUUUUGAGAAAGGAAUCCCUGGAUAAAUAGUUCUCCGACUUAAGCUACACCCCUUCUCUAAGAUCUCACGGGUAUAGGAGUUGCAUGACAGUGUUGGGUAGAAUGCUUCUUCUGGAGCUCACGACAGUGCAGUAUUGAGGCAAGGAGGUUGAAACCAUGUAUGAAUGCUGCUUAAAAAUAUACCACAUGGUCACGUUGCAAUUUGGCAAAGUCUGCCAUGUAGUCAGUAGUAAACAUGACGGGUUGACAUGAUGUUUAGGGACCCAGCAAGUACAGAUCGGUCAUCCGAAGCUGUUGGCAGCCAGUUGUCAGCAUUCCACCCAACACUAGGAACAUCAGGUGGAAUCACACCCUUGUUCUCAAGCAGGCAAGAUAAUAAUUGCUUCAAGUUUGGACCAACAGAUCCAAGGAGCUUAAUCCAGUCACAUGCAGCUGUGAGGUCUUCAGCCAUCUUGCCUAGCUUUCCCUCUGGUAGGCCUGUAAUUGCUUCUUGGUUUAUCUUAACAAAUGUUCGUGAGCCUAUAUAUAGUAACUUAUUCCCCCUUUUAACCCAGCAUCGUGGUUCUAGCAAAGACUCAGGCCUGAAGAUUAUUGAUCUUCUCACAGAUUGGGCAAUGGCUGAGUUACAGAGUUAAAAUUGUUCUGCUAUGGAAGGCAUGGUUACACCAUGUAAUUUUCUUCUCUCAGCUUAUCUGCAGCAUCAACAGUACAGCCAUGAAGGAAAGCCAGAAUGUUAAGGCCACUAUGAUUAGGGACCAAAAUGCUAGUGAUAAUGUGGCUGAGGAGAGCUUUACUAGCCUCUGUGAUAGACCUCAAGCUAACAGCCUGACUUAGGCAAUGAUUGUGCAUGAUUUCGGAAACUUGUCUAGCAGAGACAGUGCAUAGGCAGCAUUGCUUUUAUUGAACAAAUAACGUAACCGAGGGCAUAAAGGUUCCAGUGUAUAAAGAUCAUUUGCCAAGAUCUCUCCUUUUGCAGUAAUGUCCGUCUGCAUAAGGCUCAAGAUUCGCGAUGAUCCCAUCAUUUCUCCAAGUGAAUACUCUAUCCUCUCCUUCAACACAACCUUAGGUUUCUGCAGCGGCCUAAUAUUAAGGCACGUGGGAUCAGGACAUAAGGCGAUCGAGCUUGGUGCCUGAGCAAUGUACAGCUUAGCAAUCUGGUGAAUUUUUCCAGCUGAGACCCCGCAUGAAAUAGCGGUCUUGAGUAGGUGGAGCUGGAAAGUCAAAGGGUCAGCAGUACCUUUGAACAUGACCGAAGGCUGAGUGGCAGGAGAAGGAAGACCUCCCCGUACAGGAUCUACACGUGCCAGGGCUGCAACCAAUUGGCUAUCUUCCUGAAUCUGCGUUGGGAGGAGCACCUUGAUUUCAAUGACAUAGACAAGUCUUGCAUGUUGGUACUCAGUCUCUGAGAAGGAAACCGUGAGGAUUACUUCUAGCAAAUACAGAUGUUUCUUCUAAUAUCCUCAGAAACUCUGUUGUUGAGGUUGACUGGGAUGUUGCGCUGAACUCGAGUUGUUAGGUCAGAUGAGGAGUCCCAAGCAGUGGCUACAGCUGACCGUAUGCGUGAGGCCGCAGCAGAGAGAUCGUUUUCUGCAAGUCUGAGGAGGGUGGAGUCUAAUAAAGACUGUAAGGUCUGGUCUGUUUUGUGAGCAAUCAUUUUGGUCAGAUUUCACUUGCAAGUGGGCCCGGGCCGAUUGCUUCAAGUGAGUAAGUUUCGACUUCAAACUUAGCAGAGAAUGGGUGCUAGCUGGCUUCUGGUGUAAGUGAUAUCCCUUCCUUGUUGGGGAUGGUAUUUUGGAACUACCAGUUUAGUGUGAAGGUCAGAGUAUGUUUGCUCACUCAACUUAUAAAAGAGGGUUACUUCUUGGGCUGAGGAAGGCUCUGUGUCUAUGGUUAAAGCGGAUGGAAGGAAGGACAUGUGAGACUUGUUGUUGUACUUGCAAGUGCUACCUUUAUGUACUGGCAUGGAUUCCUGAAUUGAACAUUGAGGACCAAAGAAAAGCAUCCUGGCACUAAUGAUUUGGCUGGGUCUACCAGCGGGUAGGCCUUAAGUGACCCGGUGUCCGGCUGUGUUUCUGUAACCACCCCGUAAUGAGAACUUUAAUGAGGCCUAAGCUAUAGGAUGUGCUUUUAUUUUUAGACGAUAUGCCUAGGAUAGGUUUUAGUAAAAUUUAAAUUAAACAAAGGUAAUUUUUUUUAACCAGUGAUGUUACUUUAAUAUUGAAUAAGUAGCUAGCUCAUCGUGAGAGUUAAAUUCUUGUGUACUCUCAUGGAGGAAAAUAGCCAACAAUUGACAACACCAACAAAUGCUGAUCAGUCUCAUUUUAUAUACAUUCAGAGGAAUUGUUUUGCAUACAUACCCUUUGGUGCAUUUAAAAGUUGGGUUUUCUUUUCCCACUUUCUAAGAUGUACUGAUUUCUGCCAAGCCUUUAAAUGGUUUUGUUAUCCUAUGCACUUCAUGAGGCCAACCUUACUUUGUAACUGAAAAGUAAUCCAAUUUAUGUACACCAGGCAUGUCAAACUCAAAGGCUAACAUGGGCCAAAUAAACGAGGCAUGCGGCUCGCAGACCGCGGGUUUGACAUGCUUGAUGUUCACAGAAGUUUAAUAGCCUCUGAAUAAUUUGAUAAAAACAAUCAAAUUUGCUGGUAACAGUAAAAAAAAAAAAUCCCACCCCAACACCUCCUAUGAACUGUUUUCGUCCUUAUCUAUCACAGUAUGUGGAUUAUACACCUUUUAUGGCCGCCGCUCAUAAUAUACAGGACUAAGACUUACCCACUGCAUCCUUUUGUGCCUUAUUUUUCACUGUCAUGCUCCUUUUGGCCAUUAUGGUAUACACACAUGUAAGAUGAUGAGUUCAAGGCUAACAAAUAUAUCUUUAUAAUUUCCCACCUAAUAUUCUACAGUUCAAUCCAAGGCCUUAUGCAGAAUGGAAAUGUAUUCUUUUUAUCAAGUGGAAUCAACUUGAACUUUUAGAGAAAUGUAAAGAAACACUAUGUUUAACUGUGUAAUUGUAGGGGGUUUUAGCCAUUAGGAUUGAAGCUGACGUCAGCCUGCUAACCUAUUUGUUUUACUAAAAGAGAAAGAUGUUUUCAAAAAUAUUUUUUUGCUGUAGACUGUUUAAAGAUAAAAAUGAAUUAUAUAAUUUAUUACAUGAAAUAAAAUUUAAAAAAUCAUUAA